AUGAUUUGUAUGAGUGAAGAUGUUUUAAAAGAUUAUCCAAGUGAUAAUGGAAAUUGUUAUGGAAAGGUCCUAUUGUUAUUUAAGCUUACAAAUUCCAAUUAUUUAAAUGAAGAUUUGGCUUUAAUUCAGUGGCGACAUCAUUCAAGGAGAAGUCAUAGCUAUAGUCCAAGACAUCGAUCUCGAUCUCGAUCAGUAACUCCUAUCAAUAGAAGAAGAAGGAAGUUAAACAAUUGGGAUGUGCCACCACCAGGAUAUGAAGGAAUGACAGCACAUCAGGUUAAAGCUACAGGGUAUUUUCCACUUCCUGGGCAAACUUCCACCACAAGACCAUCAGCAGUUCCAAAUUCACCAGUAAUACCUGGAAUGGACCCAUCAAGGGCAGCAAUGAUAUUAGGCAUGGCACAUGAACUUCCACCACAAUUUAAAGUUAGUCAAGGAGCAACAGGUCCAGUUGCACAAACUGCAUCAUUAGCAAGACAAGCUAGACGACUUUAUGUUGGCAACAUUCCAUAUGGUAUUGAUGAGAAUGGCUUAUCAGAAUUUUUCAACUCUACAAUGCUUCAAUUGAAUAUUACUACUGCAUCCAGCAAUCCAGUUACAGCUGUUCAAAUCAAUCAUGAUAAAAACUAUGCAUUUGUUGAA